AUGCCUCUAACAAAGAAAGACCUCAAGACAUCUCUCAGUAAAUCACAGAAAGAAGAUCAGGAAAGUACCAUAGACUUAUCCGUGCCCUCUGGUUCCGGACCGUUGUCACAUGGCAGAUAUGGGGUUUACAGCAGCACGGGGGAUCACGACAGCUCUUCCAAUGAAGAGGAAUCUUUGCCGAUUGAUUGCUACGUGUCCAGCAGUGACGAGCCAUGGGAGGAUGAUGAGGGUGAGGAAGAUUAUGGGAUGGAUUACGAUGAAGAGCCAUACAGCGAUGACGGCUUCAUUCCUGAGAGUGAGGAUGAGGACACUGCCAACAACAAGAGUUUGGAGAAGAGCGGAGCUUUCGGUUCUGAUGGCGACAAGAAAAAGGGGGAGUCUGAACAGGACAUUGUUACCAUCAACAUUGAUCUCGAUGAUUUUGAGCAAGAAAAUGUAGAGAGCAGGAGCGAUUCAGAAUCAAGCGCAGAGUUCACAGGUAUGAAGAGAGUAAUGCCAAAGGUCAAACAAAUGUCUCACAGAAAAGAAAAAAGUUAUGCAGAGAGUGCAGAUUCUGAUGACGAUGUGUUAGUCAUAGCAGAAGAGGCCGGUAGCACCAAUGAUAAGCUGAAAAAGAAGGAGAAUGAAAGAGGGACAUCAAAGAGUCUGGACGGUAGAACUGUGUUGGAAGGACGUGGCAGCCAAAAUGUAGCCAAGAAACAAUCCAAAACGGACAGGGGGGCCAGGAAGGUUAGUUCCAUUCCUUCAGUGUCUCAGUGCACACUAGUCAGUAAAACAAGCCAAGACUCUUCUCAAAGUACUCAACCUAUCGAACCUCAAGGAGAAGGAUCAGGUGUGAAACAAAACAAAGCCCCUCUGGUGAAUGUUAUAGAUGAAAUUAUGAACAGGUUGACAGGGGGUACUCUAAGCAGUGGUAACAGUUCGGCAGGAGAGAACACUGAUGAAGCCCUGGGGCCUAGUAGAGUUGGAUUUGAUGUCUCAGCUUCUAAUUCAGAUGACAGAGAGAAAGGACCACAGAAGUUACUCAACAAAUCAUCCACUUCAUCUGUAAAACUAACAGAAACAGACAGCAUCCAGAGUAAAGACGGGCAGAGUUUAGCAGUAUCCUUGAAACCCAAGGGAGAUGUUUCUAGUUCUGGCAACCUAAUUUCCACAGCAGUUGGACUUGCGUCAAACAGCAUCCACCGUAAAGAAAACUAUGUUUCAGAAACGUCCUUGAAGCACAAUGAUGACGAACAUCCCAGUGGUGUCACCUUGCAUGACUCUGAUUCUAGUUCUGCUGAUGAUGUCGAUAAUCAAGAAAGUACAUCUGCCCUGACAGCCACUGCUGCAAACAGCAUUCAACAUGAAGAAGGGUCGGAUACAGGUCUAUACCUGAAGCAGAAAGAACAUGCUCAAGCAAGAGCUGUCAUUUUAGAUGAUUCUGAGGAUAGUUCCGUUGAUGAAUUGGAUGGUCAACAAAGCACAAGAGCCUCAACAGCCAUGUCAUUGAAUGAUAGCUAUCAUGAAAAGGAGAACAGUUCACCCGUGGGGGAAAAAGAAAGUGUAGCCUCCACCUCACGCUCUAAAUCUACCGCAAGUGUAUCAAAUGACUUGCAACGUGCAGAAGAGAAGAAUUCAGCAGUGACCUUGCAGAAGAAAACUGGCCCAUUGCAGAUGACGGGUGCCCUGGCUGAUCUGAUAUCAAGCAUCAAAACCAGAGUCGAAAACGACGAUUCGAUUGAUUCAUCUGAUGACAGUGAAAGUGAAGAGGAGGAGGAAGAUGAAGACAGUGAUGAUGGCAGUAAUGACAAAGAGAGCAGUGAUGAAGAGGAGAUGGAAGUGGAGAAAGAAGAAGAUAAUGUUGCGGAGUAUGGCAGCAGUAGCAAUGACUCUGAGAGCAAGCAGCAAGAUAUCACUGACAGCAACAAAGAUGAUCAAUUACAUGCCUCAGAAGAGAGAGACCAAAGUGGUAAGAAGCCUGAAGGCAGUUCAGUGGACCAACAUAUUCCUGAAUCAUUUAACUCUGCUGUGAGGAACAAAGAGGAAGUGGAGCAUCCCAAAGACACCUCUGCUGAUGAAGCUGCUAAGGAUCAUUUAUUUGUUGGUGAGGGGAAGGAUCAGGGAACUUCGAAGCAAGGUCAAAGUUCAAUUGGUGAUGGCUCCACUGGUCCACCCUCCUUGCAAAGGCUUUUGAAGGAGAAAAAGAGAUUCAAGAUGGCUUUUCUGUCGGGGAAGAUGUGA